GCUCUUGCGACAACACUCCCCAGUUGACACCCACCGUCUAGCGUCAGCAAUCUCCACGACUCAAAUCAGAUCUUGCUCUUCUUCCACCACACCUGCGAUUAUUGAAUAGGCGCUCACACCUCCGAGUGAAAGAGGGCUUCCAGUACGGCUUGGCCGGAACCAGAAACAUCCAAAGAAUCGUCGGAUAAAGGGGCCAGAAUGUCAACAACGCUGGGGUCAUUUAUUGCGGGUGGAAUUGCAGCAUGCGGUGCGGUAACGGUUACCCACGGAUUCGAGACGGUGAAGAUCCGAUUGCAGCUGCAGGGAGAACUUCAAUCAAAAAAAGCUGCACCACGAAUGUACAAGGGUGUGUUCCAUGGCGUUAAGGUCAUUCUGUCGAACGAAGGCCCCAGGGGUCUUCUCCGUGGCAUCAACUGCGCCUACGUCUACCAGAUGACCCUCAAUGGGUGCCGACUAGGUUUCUACGAGCCCCUACGAGCGAACGUCACGAAAGCAAUCUAUCACGACCCUACAGUACAAUCGUUCGGUAUCAACAUCUUUUCUGGCGCUGCGUCAGGCAUUCUCGGAGCCGCCGCUGGCUCGCCCUUCUUCCUAGUCAAGACACGCUUGCAAUCGUUUUCGCCAUUUUUGCCUGUAGGCACACAGCACAACUACGCAGGCGCCGCCGAUGGUAUGCGCAAAAUCUACAGGAGUGAAGGCAUAAAGGGUCUUUACCGUGGGGUGGGACCAGCGAUGGUGCGCACAGGUUUCGGCAGCUCGGUACAGCUUCCAACAUACUUUUUUGCGAAGAGACGGUUGGUCAAACAUCUUGGGAUGGAAGAGGGGAUGCCACUCCACAUUGCUAGUAGUACGGCUAGUGGGUUCGUCGUCUGCUGCGUUAUGCAUCCUCCGGAUACCAUCAUGUCGCGUAUGUACAACCAGACCGGAAAUCUGUACAGCUCAGCAUUCGACUGCCUGUACCGAACAGUCAAGACAGAAGGCAUCAUGGCCAUGUACAAGGGCUACUUCGCACAUCUUGCGCGCAUUCUGCCACACACGAUUCUCACCCUCACACUCGCCGAACAGACGAACAAGUACAUGCGCAGGGUCGAAGGCAGGCUCGGAUUCACAGGAGCCAAGGCCGCCAUGUAAAAGUGUGUGGACUUUACAUAAUGUACAACAUUUAUUGCAUAGCGCGUUGGGGAGCAGGUAUAAAAACGGUUUCAAUUCGGGUACAGACAAGGUUCUUGAUGCGCGCAAGGUCUGCAGCGCUCGGGCAUUGGGGGUCAAUUACAUGAUCUUUCAGAGGUUCAAAAUUUCA